AAAAGCCUGUAUGAGCAAGUACACACACAAACCAGUUCUUUUUCUUUUCACAGCCAGUUCUGUGAAAGCUUUCGAAUGUGUCUACAAAAUUUAUAUUUUUAACGACACAAAUGAAACCUCUAUGAACUGUUCGUCGUGUGUGCGUCGACAGGAAACGUCACAACAUCAUCGUCCAUCUCUACUGGUGUGACAACAUCGAAUGCGACAGAAACAGCAACUUGAUGGAACAAAGAACUGUCGAAGUUUACCACGAGAAACAGAGAGGAGCACUGUGUGGCCUUCAUGCCCUCAAUAACUUAUUCCAAGACAAAAACGCCUUUACCGAAAAGGCAUUGGACAGGAUAGCUGUAGGGUUGAAACAGAGGGGAUUUCUAAGCAGUUUCCAUAUCGGAAACUACGAAAUCUCUGUCCUACAAGUCGCUGUCAAAACAAAGGGAUGUCAACUGAUACAGUUUGACAAAAGGAAAGUGACUGUGAAGGCCAUGGGAACCACCAGACCAGACCAGACCAUUAAAGAAAUCAUAUCAAUGGCACUAAAUGAGAUGUCGCAGCUGGCAUUUUCUUUAAAACCAAACACUGGACCGAACACAGAAUACAUAUUCAAAGAGUUUCAUUUGUUCCAAUAAGCACAAAGGCAAAAACAAAUUCUUCAUAUUAAGGUGAAUCGUCAAACAGUAUCCAGUGAAACCAAAUUCCAUUCUUCUAGCAAAUGGUUUGGUGCAUCCAGACUGGAAGGGAAAUAAUUAGAAGCAGGAAUCGAAAUAGAAAACUCAAAGAAUAGGUCACUCAAGAUCUCGUUUCCCACAGGUGUGAAUUCACCUCUUAAAAGAUACCUCUAAUAUACAUUCAUACCAGUUUUGUAUAUCUAAGCACCUACAGGUGCAAACUCACCUCACAAAAGGUACCUCUCACACACACACACACUCACUUAUAUAGAGGAUGUAUAGUUUAGCUCCGACAGGUGUGAACUCACUUCCUAGAAGAUACACAUUUCAUAUAAAUUCGUACAGGUGUUGCAUAUCUUAGCUCCUACAGGUGCAAACUCCCCUUGCAGAAGAUACACCUCCCACAUGCAUUCAUAUAUGUGUAGCAUGUUUCAGCUCCUGCAGACAUGCAACACGUAUUGGAAAAGACAUCCACACCUACAAAUAUGUAUAAGGGUUGUAUAUUUACCUACAGGUAUGCAGACAUCAUCAUCAUCAUCAAUGUUCCAUGCUGGCAUGGGUUGGACAAGUGGGUUGACAGGAUCUGCCAAGGCCAAAGACUGCAUUGCGCUCCAGUAUCUGUUUUGGUAUAGUUUCUACAGCUGGAGGCCCUUUCUAACACACGUAAUAUAAAACACAUACAUACACACAUACACACUCACACAUACAUACAUACACAGGUGUUGUAUAUUUACCUUGUAC